AUGGCACAAGGGCUGGAGUUGUCCGUCACAGACUUCCAAAGCUCCCAGAACAACAUGUGGCACCACACGGAGGAGAUCAGCUUUGACCACCUCAUCGUUCGCCGGGGCCAAGCUUUCAACAUCACUCUGUACUUCAGGAACCGGGACUUUGAGCCAGACCUGGACAAGAUCAUCUUCGUAGCUGAGACUGGACCAAUGCCUGACCAGGCCAAGGGAACUCGGGCUGUGUUCAGCCUGGCGGGUCGUCAUGGCCCCAGCCCCUGGACGGCCUCACUGGAGACCAGCAGGGACAACCGCCUGGAGGUGAGCCUGUAUGCCCCGCCCACGGCGCCUGUGGGUCGGUACCUCCUGAAGGUUCACAUUGACUCCUUCCGGGGUUCGGUCACGGCCUACCAGCUCGGGGAAUUCAUUCUGCUCUUCAAUCCCUGGUGCUCAGGGGACACUGUCUUCUUGGACAGUGAGCCCCAGCGGCAGGAGUACGUCAUGAAUGAUUACGGCUUCAUCUACCAAGGGAACAAGAACUGGAUCCGCCCUUGCCCCUGGAACUAUGGGCAAUUUGAAGACAAUAUCAUCAACAUCUGCCUGGAGCUGCUAGACAAGAGCCUGAACUUCCAGAUGGACCCAGCCACAGACUGUGCUCUCCGGGGAAGCCCUGUCUACAUCAGCAGAGUGGUGUGCGCCAUGAUCAACAGCAAUGAUGACAAAGGGGUGCUCAAUGGAAAGUGGAGUGAGAAUUUCUCAGACGGCACCAACCCUGCCGAGUGGACUGGCAGCGUGGCCAUCCUGAAGCAGUGGCACUCCACAGGCCAGCCAGUGCGCUACGGGCAGUGCUGGGUCUUUGCAGCCAUCAUGUGCACAGUGAUGAGGUGCCUGGGGAUCCCCACCCGCGUGAUCACCAACUUUGACUCUGGCCACGACACAGACGGGAACCUGAUCAUAGAUGAGUACUACGACCACACGGGCAGGAUUUUGGAGAAUAAGAAGGACACUGUCUGGAAUUUCCACGUCUGGAAUGAGUGCUGGAUGGCCCGACUGGACCUCCCUCCUGGAUACGGAGGCUGGCAGGUGCUGGACUCCACGCCUCAGGAGAGGAGCAAUGGCAUGUUCUGCUGUGGCCCUGCCUCCGUCAGAGCCAUCAAACAGGGAGAGGUGGAUCUGAACUACGACACAGCCUUUGUCUUCUCCAUGGUGAAUGCCGACUGUGUGUCCUGGCUCAUCCUUGGAGGAAAGGAGCAGAGGCUUCACCGGGACACGAAUUCCGUGGGCAAUUUUAUCAGCACCAAGAGCAUUCGGAGUGAUGAACGGGAUGACAUCACGGAGAGCUACAAGUAUGAAGAAGGUUCUCCCCAGGAGAGACAGGUGUUUCAGAAGGCUCUUCAGAAGCUGAAGAUGGGCAAGUCCCAAGGCCACUACCAAGCAGACUCAAAACCUUCCAGCCUCAUGCCUCGGAGGCUGAAUUCACCCCCGCUCCGGCCCUGUGAUAUUAUCCAGGUCUCCCUGGAAUUACAGCUGCUUGACCUGCCCAACAUGGGCCAGGACAUAAAGUUUGUCCUGCUGGCCAUCAACAUGUCGCGCCAGCUCAAGGAACUCAAAGUGAACCUGAGUGCGCAGUCUCUGCUGCACAAUGGCAGCCCCCUGCCCCCGUUCUGGCAGGAUACAGCCUUCAUCAGUCUUGUUCCCAAAGAAGCAAAGACCCAUCGCUGUCAAAUCUCCUACUCCCAGUACAGCCAGCACCUGUCAACAGACAAGCUGAUUCGCGUCAGUGCGCUGGUAGAAGAGAAGAGCUGUCCCGAGAAGAUCCUGGUGAACAAGAUCAUCACCUUAGUGUAUCCUGCCAUCAUAAUUAAUGUCUUAGGAGCAGCCAUUGUGAACCAGCCACUCUCCAUACAGGUGAUAUUUUCAAACCCUCUAUCAGAGCAGGUUGCAGACUGUGUGCUGACUGUGGAAGGAAGUGGUCUCUUCAAGAAACAGCAGAGAGUCUUCAUUGGAGUCCUCAAACCCCAACACAGGGCCAGCAUCACUCUAAAGACUGUCCCCUUCAAGAGUGGCCAAAGGCAGAUCCAAGCUAACCUGAGGAGCAACAAAUUUAAGGACAUCAAGGGUUACAAGGACAUCAAUGUUGACUUGUAUGUAUAA